AUGUCAACGCUUAAUAUUAUUUCACAUAUAUUUCCGGCUUCUUUAGAGCGUAGAAUACCAGGACAGGGUGGUCGUCUCCGAAUCGCAGCAAAUUCUUAUGUGACAACGGACAUAGAUACAAAAAACAACAAUGACAAAAUAUCACUUGUAUUUGCACAUGCUACAGGAUUUCAUAAAGAAUUAUGGAAUCCUAUCAUAAAAAAAUUACAUGAACAAAGACAUCAAUGGAACGGUGGUGAUAUCUGGACCUUGGAUUGUUCGAAUCAUGGUGAUAGUGCAUUAUUAAAUAAAGAUGUUUUGCCUAAUAUCGAAUGGCCCGACUUUUCUCGCGAUAUUCUUCAACUUAUCGAUGAGGCAAAAAUUAAAAAACCAAUUAUUGGUAUAGGGCAUUCAUUUGGUGGAGCUUCCAUGUUAAUGGCAGAAACUAUUCGUCCUGGUACUUUCGCUAGUAUUAUUGCCAUUGAGCCUAUAAGUCAUCCUAUACACAUUAAAAGAUCCAGAAUGAAUGACGCAACUGUUAAAAAAAGAAGAGACAGAUGGCCGGAUAGGUAA